AUGAGAGCGAAACAGAUUAAAUCAACUUUACGAAGCGGAGAAGUCAUCGUCGGGACCUUUGUGAUGGAGUUUGCAGUGCCAUCAAUUGCGACUAUCCUAGCGAGUGCCGGGGCGGAUUUCAUCAUCGUGGAUAUGGAGCACACAACCUUCACGAUGGAAACGGUCGGGCGUAUUGUCAGAGCAGCGAGGGGAUCAGAUCUUCCCAGUAUCGUGCGUGUGCCAGACAUUGAACGGCAUUUUAUCUCCCGCGCACUUGACGCCGGUGCCUCCGGCGUGAUGAUUCCGCGUGUGGAAUCCCGCGAAGAUAUCGAAAAGGUCAUUAAAUGGGCAAAAUACGCCCCUGACGGAGAUAGGGGAGUCGCAUUUGGCAUAGGACACACCGAUUACGGUGAUUUUCGGAAAUUAGAUGGUGUGAAAUAUACCCUUCAGGCGAACGAGGAAAUUUUUAUCAUCGGACAGAUUGAAACCGCGAAAUCGGUGGAGAACAUCGAUGAGAUUCUUGCCACCGACGGACUCGACGCAAUCUUCCUCGGACCGUAUGACCUCUCGACAUCGCUCGGUAUCUCUGGACAACUCGACCACCCGUUGAUUGUCGAUAGCAUCGAAAAGGUCAUCGCCAAGGCAAAGGAAUCUCAGAUCGUUCUCGGCAGCUAUGUCAACGAUUUUGAGAGUGGCAAACGUUCGAUAGACCUCUAUUCCAACGACAUCGGCGCCCCCUUUCCCGAAAUCGGCAGCUUUGGCGCGUUUGUCGGUGGAUGCCCAACAAACAUCAGCGUUGGGACGCGGCGGCUUGGACUCCGAUCCGCUGUUCUCACCGCGCUCGGCGAAGAUCCGGUGGGUGACUUCAUCCUCAAAUUUCUAAAUGAUGAGGAGAUCGAAACAAAGUUUGUCUGUCACAAACCGGGACAUCGAACCAGUGCGGUUGUCCUUGGGAUUGAGCCGCCGGACCGAUUCCCCCUUGUCUACUAUCGCGAUAACUGCGCCGACAUCGAACUUACAAUCGACGAUGUCCUCGCCGCACCUAUUGCCGAUAGUCGUGCACUGCUCAUUUCUGGCACCGGACUAAGUAAAGAGCCGAGUCGAAGCGCGAACCUCUUUGCCGCUGAAUAUGCCCAAUCCGUUGGGAACGACUGUGUUUUUCGACCUUGA